AUGGGUAACAAAAGUAGCAAGAUAACGGUGCAAGACCAUGCUAUUCUUGAUUUAAAAGUUCGACAAGACAUAUUAAAAAAAUAUCAGAAGAAGAUUAAAUUAGUUGCAGAUAAGGAAACUGAAAUAGCAAAGACAGCAUUAAGUCAAGGAAAUAAACAAGCAGCUUUAUUAGCUUUAAGAAAGAGAAAAUAUCAACAACUAUUAUUAAAGAAAACUGAUGCAAAAUUAUUUCAUUUGGAAGUAUUGACACAAUCUAUAGAAUUUGCAUUAGUCCUAAAAGAAAUUAAUAAAGGAAUUUCAAUUGAAAAAGUAGAAAAAUUAAUGGAAGAAACUGCAGAUGCUAUAUCAUAUCAAAAGAGUUCAAGCAGAAGAAGUAAAUUACCAUCGUAUGAUAAUGAUAACGAUAAAUGUCAAUUAUUGUAA